AUGUCUAUCAUCGCGAGUCUCCGCUUCGUGAUGCUCCUGCUUGCCAUUUUUAUGGUGGGCGGGGGCUUCGCCCUCAAUGUGGACGUUUUCGACGAGGCCCAUGAUGUCGUUGCUCGUAACGCUGCUGGUCUGGAUCGCUCCUUCGGUAUGGCUGCUAACGCCUUUGUUCAUGCUGCUCGUGCCGUCGCCGAAGUCACUGGUGCCACCCUCACGGUUAGCGAUGGCAAGCCUACUGAGACUUCCAAGGUCUCUUCCACCCUGACUGGUAUCCCCGGCGUUACUUUCACGGUCGAGCCCACCAGCACUUCUCAUGUCUCUUCCACCGUCAUUGGAGUAACUCGUGUGACUGCCACUAUUGAGCCCACCAGCACCUCGGAGGUCUCUUCCACCCCCAUCCGUGUCACUUUGACUAUCCCCACUGGCACUUCUGUGGUCUCCACCACCGAGACGGAGACGGAGACUGAGACUGAGCCUUGCGGUGGUGAUGAGACUAGCUGGACUUUCACCAUCGUUCCCACCAGCACCUUUCCUGCCUUGACUCCCGCUACCAAGACCGAGACCGAGACUGAGACCGAGGCUGUCAACUGCUCUCACACGACUCCCUGCCACACCUCGCAGACCUCGUCGACUGGAUUUGGCAUCACCAUUUCCCUCACCAACACUGUCACUGGCACUGUCACCGGCACCAAGAUCACUACCUCUUCCGGAGUUGCUGUUACCUCUGGUGUCGCUGUUACCUCUGGUGUCGCUGUUACCUCUGGUGUCGCUGUUACCUCUAGAAGCACUCUUGUCACCAAGUCUUCGGGCACUGGCAGCAAGACUACCGUUGAGAGUACCCCUGUCAAGUCAGGUACUUCUGCAGCCGGCACUGCGACUGCUACCACCGUCUUCAACGGUGCCAAGAGGCUGAAGGGCUUCAACUACGCCACUGGUUUCUACCUGCUUGUCUGCAUGUUCGUUCUGUGA